GGCCGGCAGCGGCGGGAGCGGCGCUCAGGCCUGGCUGCCGGGAGCCUUGCGCGGCCCUGCCUGGCCCUUCCGGGGGCCCUUGGGGUGACCCCGACCCCAGGCCGCCGCCGGGGCGGAGCGCUGCGGGAAGCCGUGUCCGCGCCUGCCGGGCUGCCGCCGCGGCCGUCCGCCGCCAUGUACCCGGGCGGGUCCGCAGCUUCCCGGGAGGCCGCGGCGGCCAAGGGCGGUGCUCCUCACUGCCACAACGGUCCUGUGCAGAGUCUGAUGCAGUUCCCUUCUGGCUAUGGCUCACAUCUUCCAAACUACAGUGUGCCCUCAGGACACUAUUCCCAAGUGCCCAAUAAAGCUGUUUCUCCAAGUGUAGAUAAUCAGUAUACAGCAAGUUACCACUCCAGCUACUAUUCAGCACCAGCACAAAAUGUCAUGGCCCCUUCUGUGGGUACCAAUGUGUUGAAUACCCAGGAAUCGCAGCAGUUCUACAACAAAACUCCCCAUGCAGUGGUGGCAGCUGAAGGACCUGUUCAAGGAGCAAUACCACCUGCAUCCUACUUGCAUACGAGUGCUCAGCAGUCAUAUUCAGCAUUUGGUAAUCGCUACAGCACUUCUGUCAGCUCUUCAGUGGCAUCUCAGGGAUUUCCCCUUAAUUCUGAACAUUAUGCCAUGCCCGUGAUUUCUAGUGCCAUGUAUCCUAACGUUUCCUAUCGUCCUGCAGCUACUGGCAGCAUGUAUGGGCAGGCAUUUACUUCUCAGAGCCUACCUGCUGCCGGACAGUUCAAAGAGACAAAUGUGUUUUCUAGCCUGAGUACAUCAGUACCUCAUUUGCUUCAACAGCAUGUUCCUGUGGGACAUAAUUCAACGUUAUCAACCGUUUCAUCUGCUCAGCCUGUUCAAGACAAGGUCAGCAGGAGUCUCACUGGAUCAGUUGCUAAAGUAAACAACCAAAUAAAUACAGGUGGCAUUGAUUCUUUACAGCCUGUGCACUCCGCAAGCCAGAGCAUUCAGUUUACCAAGCCUGGGGUUGGAACAUCUGCUUCCCCUGCUGUGAUCUCAGCAAGGACAUCUGCUUCAGGACUUUCUUCACAGCCACGAUCGUCCCCCUCUGUCACACAGUCACCUGAGUCAGCUCUUCAGGAAGGCAUGCAGUAUGGUGGAUAUGUUAAUAAUCAAGCUAGCUCUGCACCAGCUCCCUUGUCAUCAAGUUCAGAUGAUGAGGAAGAGGAUGAGGAGGAUGAGGAAGCAGCAAUUGAUAGUUCUUCUACUACUAGCAGUGCCUCUCCUGUUUUGAACAAUUAUGAUGCCCUGGAAGGAGGUGGCUAUCCAGCUAGUCUGCCUGAGUCUGCAGAUGAUGAUUUGAAAGUGGCUCAGAUGUCACUGCAGCAAAACAAACUUUCUGUCCAGUCAAAUCCCUCUCCACAGCUAACAGGAGUGAUGAAAGUGGAAAACUCUGAAAAUGUCCCAAGCCCUACACACGCUCCAGUUGUAAUCAGUGCUGCAGAUGAUGAUGAUGAUGAUGACCAGCUUUCUGAAGAAAGUAAAACUCCUGUCCAGCAACCAGCUACGGAAGGCCAUAAUGGAUUACAGAUAAUUUCCACUUGGAAAGCCAGUGCUACUACUGCUAAAGAAGGUAUUCCGGCACCUGUAGUAGGAUAA